AUGAUACAAGUGAAUCAUUCGUUAUUUUUUCCUAUGAACAAUAAAGUUUUAACACAUUUUACAACUGAACCAGUUGAAAUUUAUUUACCGAGUAUUAUUACUUCAACUAUAUUACUUAUCAUUAUUUCUAUGAUUGGAACAAUCGGUAAUAGUCUUGUUGUAUGGGCAUUUACAAAACAAGUUAAACAAGGUAUUAUUUCUGGCUUGUUUAUUCUAUUAUUAGCUUGUAAUGAUUUAUUUAUUUGUCUUAUUGUAAUUCCAUGUACAUUAUAUUUAGAUAUUUGGACAGGGGAUACAACUGAUUGGAUAUGUCGUGCACAUUUAACAAUGAAAGGAUUUGUUGUACCUGUUUCAGCAUGUAUAUUAAUGUUGAUAGCAAUGGAAAGAUUUUUAUUAAUCUGUUUCAUUCCUGGUAUACAAAUGCAACGUACACAUAUUGUAUUAUCAUUAGUCAUUAUAUUUUGCAUUGGUUUAUUAUGUGCUAUACCAAUGGGAUUACAUGUUCGUGCAAUUGAUUUAUUUAAAGAACGUGAUGAAUUAUUAGAUUUAAAUACAUUGAAAUAUGGAUUAUCCACUAUGGAAAAUGUUAUGUCCUUUGUAUUAUUUCUUGGAACAGCUGGUGUAUAUGCACUGAUCUUUCUAUUUGUCUGGAGGCAUGAAUCAUUUAUGUAUGAGAAAUAUGGUAAUCCAAAAAUGAAAGGCAAUUGGGUACGUAUACAUGCUACACCGAAUUCUUCAGGUGAUAUAAAUGAUUCCAAAUGGAAUUCAAUUAAAAAACGAAUAUCAUUUCGUAAAAAGUUAAAAGAAUCAAAUGAUUUACAAAAUGAACAAGAAGAUAAACAAAAUUCUAGUGUUUUUGAACAUGAAGAAAGACAACAAUUGGAACUUCAGGACCGUCAACAAUAUGGACAGAAUUGCUUUGAACAAUUGUCUAGUUUAUCAUUACCUCAGCCAUAUCUAAAACAACAAACUUUGGGAAUUCAUCAACCUCUAACAGAUAUGACAACAUCGACAAGUUUUGUCACAUCUAAUUUAGACAGAAUAAGUUGUGUGUGUUUAUGUGAAAGAGAUAAUAACAGUGAAUUGAUUAAAACUAGUCAGUGUUCAAUUCCUAAAGAUAAACUAUUCAAUGACAAUAAUACUGAUAAAGAUAAUGAAGAGUCACAUUGUUUAAAGCUACCGGGCAAUAAGAAAACCCAGUGUACUAUAGAAAUAAAUAAUCCUCAAUUAUCAAAAACUGAAUUGUCAGCAGCUAAUCUAGAACGUAAGACGUAA